AUGAUCGAUCCGUCAGUCAUUUUGUCACUGUUCACUAGCAGUGCGAGGCUCGCCGUCGACCUAAACGGAAUUCUCGAGGGAUACCAAUCCUCCAAUGAAACGCUCAGAGCCAUGUCCACUGAGUGCUAUGUUCUAAGCAUUGCGUUGGAGCGAAUCCAGGAGAUGGUCAGCAGCGGUAAUCAACACGAGAGGCUGACUGCGAUCCGACCAGGACUCGAGUGUGCUCUACGCGGUUGUCGUGCCACGUUAAGCGCUAUUUGGGAGGAGAUACAAUCACUUCACGAUGGCUCCCGGACGAUGGGCCAGUCGAGGUCCUGGUUUGUGUCGAUGGGUAUGAGGGCCAGAUUCAGAUUCCUCUGGCACGAGGGACUAAUGAACGGAUACCUCCGUCAACUCGGUGCUCAGCAUCAGGCUCUUCAAACCCUCCUGCACGUAUACUCGCUAGGGCCGCUACAUGACAUAACCAAUAUCCUCGCAAGACUCUCCCCAAACCUCGAGAGGAUCCGAGUGGACACCGAAUCGCUUACUUCUCGUCGUCAAACUCGCGGAUCGUUGCCAGCAAUGGCCCGAAACAACAGGAGUCAUGAUACUGUUACCUCUUCCACGCUAGACGGUGCGUCGUCUCAAGAGUACCAGCCACGACAAGGCGUCCCCCAGUCCCGAGCGAUGCCUACUAUCAACGAGGAGCAAUAUACUCAAAUGCAUGAUCCCCCAAGUUACACCACGUUACCAUUGCCUAAUAUGCAUCAGCAGCGUUCCUUUACUCGCCCGCAACCCGGUCUUGUACGCUAUCCGAGGUCCACAAUGUCCUUGGCACAGCUGCAAGCAAUGGCGGGUUCUCAUCACUUGCAGACCGUGGCAAAGACAGUCCAACGCCAUGGUCUUACCGUAGUAGCGCCUCUAUUUCUCCAGAUUCGCUCGUUUGGAACCGACAAUCACUUUCAUAUCUCCCUACUCUCCCUCAAGCGGCACAACUUCGACAUUAUUCAUAUUGGAGGGGCACUAGAGCAGCUUCGCAAUCUCGGCGAAGAACCUGAAUAUGGUUAUGUGAUGCAGCACCUGGCCAAGCAUGACCAUGACAUGGACAAGACACUUUUGGUGUUUUCAGAACUUAAGCGGCUCUUUUCGACACAAGAAGCGUAUUCCAGUGCCUUGGCGCUCCUGGAAAAGUACAAUUUCGAUUCAAGAAAGAUGAUGGAUGUCAUUAGAAGGAUCAACGAACCGGCUUCCGGUGGCGAAGCGACCUACUGUAGUCUCAUUGGCUUCAUGUCCAAUCGAGGCUUCGAUAUGUCUAUCGUUAAAAAGGAGUUUGCACUCCUUAUGGCAGCAAACUGGAAAAAAACGCCGACGGGACUUAGAAGACUAUCAGUCACGGAGGGUGUCCUCCUACGAGAGGAAGCGACACUCAAGCUUUUGGAGCAUAAUUCCUACGAUGUAGACCUUACUAUUCGCCAGAUUGAUUCUCUAUGUGGAGAAUACAACCCUGAGCGCAAGACGACUAACAUUAAUCGGCUCAGUCGUCGGCCAGCAUCGGCACAGAAGCCACUUCGCUCUUUGAGCGAUAUAUCUGCAUCGGCAAGGAGUAGGCCAUCUCUCACCGGUAACCUCACUCCUGAGAGGAGAUGGAGUACAUCAUCUCUCGCCAUUGACCUCGCUGCUGGGAUGAGAGGGAGUACAUCAUCUCUCACCAUUGACCGUGCUUCCACAAUGGCUGAGAGUUACCACAAGACGGCGUUAUUCAUAUGCCUUUUGCCUGAUAUACCGUGCCUUACUCUUAAGGUCCUCCAACGAACCAACUACGACUAUAGGACCACCGUUGACAGCAUCCAAUGGCUCAAGAGAAACACUCCAUCCCUAGGAGUCCUGCGCAAGGCGUUAGAACAUGGACAACACGAUAUAAACAAGGUCAUAUCCCUCUACAAAGAGCUGAUGAGCUUCUUUAGCCCACAUUCGUGGUCCUCGGAUGAUCUGCUCUAUGUCAAUGAUUUCAAUAUCAGGCAAUCGUCUGGCCAAGAGCCGUCCCCGUUUGAUCUGCUCGAUGUCAAUGAUUGGAAUAUCGGACAAGCGGUUGCGUUGUUACGCCGGUUGCGGCAGCGCGAUGGGACGAGAGUCACCUGGGUUCUCUCCUUGAUCAAGAGGACAGAGACCGUCGCAGAAGACAUAGACCCAGGUCAUACUCACCUGCAGGUCGACAUAGGUACAAUCGUCAUUCAAUGCCGAAUCCAGUACCGGUUGCCACGGGUUGGCGCAGUUACCUCUCAGGCCUGUACAGUUACUUUUUAG